GGAGGGGAGAUGGGGCACCGAACAACGGGACUCAUCGUUAUUGGACAAUACGAAAUCACUUGACGUUUGGAUCGGACGUCGUGGGCAACGCGCGAGCAACGCAGUAGCCAGCGGUGGCCCGAGGUAACUUUCUCCGACACGACCGAGCGAGUGUCCGUUGCUCCUCGUCAUCGCGGCCAGGGGAAUCGACGUCACGUUAUUCCACCUCGUUGCACGUUGCAAAAUGACCGUCCGGUGUGCCGUCGGCUGUUCUCCGAGCGUAGAUUGAGCCACGUCUGAGCCAGGCGGAGCCGCAAUGGAUAGCGUGACAGGAAUAAUUUAUGCAAUAUGUCGGGGGCUGGUGGACAGCUUAAAGGGCACCGUUGUUCUUUUCUACAUGGAUAAGCAGAUUAAUGAGAAAUUAGUCGGUAGAUCUCCUAGCCGAUCAGAACUCAGGAAGAGAGAUUCCGUUCUGCCGAGCCCCUCCAAGCAUAAACAACGGGAAUCCAUGGUGUUGAUGAGAACCUUACAGUGUUGCGCGUUGAAUGGCGGGGUAUUCUGGGCUAGUAUACUGAUAUUCGACUUUGGACUUUUGCCAUUUGUCAAGUACUUACUGACCAUUAUAUUCGGCCACUCUCCUGGCAUGGGCCUCGUUGUAUGGUCGUGGAUUCAGCCGUUUCUAUCACUCACGUUUGGUACAAUAUGGGUGCUACCGUUGUUCUUACUCAGCAGAAUAGUGAACAGUUUGUGGUUUCAGGACAUAGCAAACAGCGCUUACAGAUACAGACAGGGGAGACCAAUGCUUCUAUCGAGCGUAAGCAAAUUGAUAGCCGACACGCUUUUUAGCGUAUUAGUGCAAGCGUUGUUCUUAGGACAAGGAGUGCUGGUGUCUAAAGUUCCACUACCGCCGUUAGGGGACAUUCUUGCCCUUGUCCAUAUGUGCCUUUUAUAUGCUCUCUACGCCUUUGAAUACAAGUGGUUCAACAUGGGUUGGGAGCUGCAUAGACGACUGACUUUUAUCGAAGGCAAUUGGCCAUACUUUUUAGGCUUUGGUAUGCCAUUAGCAGUACUUACCCAACUGCCCAAUUCGUACUUUGUAAGUGGCUGUGUUUUUUCCAUUUUGUUUCCACUGUUUAUUGUAAGUGGAAACGAAGCAGAGCCUGUAACUGGAGUAUGUGAUUGCCAGCUGAAAUUAUUUUCGCCAGUAAUCGCAAUUGCAAAUACAUUAUUUAAUAAGACCAUCGGACGAGUCAAUAAGCGAUGAUAGUAAAAACAAAAAGAAAGAGUGAAUGCCUAAUUUCAACCAUUUGCAUAUUACAAUACAGGACACAAUGUUCAAGAGGAAUGCAAAAGUAUACUUGUGUUUUUGACAUUAAACAAGUUUCUAAAAUAAAACUACAUAUAUUUCAAAUUUCCUUUUUUUUCGGUCUUCAUGGAAAGAAUAUCUGACCAUUGUUUUUAAUUGGAGUGUAGGACCAAUCAGUACAAAUAUUUAUUUAUGCAUAUACGUAUAAUAAUGCACAUACACAGUCCGACAAUUUUCCACCCAGACUUUAAAUCUCUCGCCUAAACGCGUGGCGCUAUUUGUCGGCAUUAUAUGUAUAUCAUUAGAAAGGUGGGAAUUGUUUUCUACACGGGAAUGUCUUCUAUACGUUAAACGAAGUUUAAACGCUUUUACAUAGCUUUUACAUAGCUGUGCCAUGUAAGAUGGCUGAAUUAUGACAUUUCACGUGACAGCCCAGAAAAUAUUGUGUCGGAAAAUUAUAAUGAAACAGCGCAGUGUCAUAAAAUAAUUAACUUUGCUGCAAACAACCCGAACUUGACAAAAUCUAUAAUAACUGAAGACACGAGACAUGGUGCUUUCAAUAUAAUCCCGAAACAAAGCGCCAAAGUGCCACCUAAAAGUCACCCGGCGAACUGAAAAUUAAAAAAAACACGUCAAA